AUGAUUGGCGAAAGUAUAAUUUCUUACGGACAACAUGUUGCAUUAAACGGAAAUGGCCUUACUAAGACAACAAAUGGAAAGCCAUUAACAUCUUUUGAUUCCAUAGAAGAUGCAUUGAAAGAUUUUGCCGAUGGAAAGUUUGUGUUGGUUGUUGAUAAUGAGGAUCGAGAAAACGAAGGAGACCUAAUUAUUGCAGCAGAAAAAGUUACCACAGAAAAGAUGGCAUUCAUGGUACGAUAUACGAGCGGUCUCAUCUGUGUUCCAUCAACGGGAGACCGGUUGGAUCAAUUGAAGUUACCACUAAUGGUAUCAAAUAACUCUGACAGAAUGAAGACGGCUUAUACCAUUUCCGUAGAUUAUGCUCAUAAUACAACGACGGGCAUCUCAGCUCAUGACAGAGCAUUGACAGCCCGGUCGCUGGCUGAUCCAAUGAUUACUGAUCCAGAAGCCUUCAACAGACCUGGACACAUAUUCCCUUUACGAUAUACUGAAGGUGGCGUAUUGCGUCGUAUUGGACAUACUGAGGCAUCUGUAGAUUUAUGUAAAUUAGCAGGAUUGCAACCAGUGGGAGUUAUCUGUGAAUUAGUAAAAGACGAUGGCUCUAUGGCUCGUCGUGACGACUGUAGAGCAUUUGCUGACGAGCAUGGAUUGAAAUUGAUCACUAUCGCUGACUUGGUCCGAUAUCGUUUAGAAAAAGGACUUAUAGACAUUUAG